CAGUAGUCAUACAUGUUUAGUCAAACACACUCAAAGACUGCAAUAGAGAGAGAGAAAGAGAGAGAAGAACAGGAAGAUCUAUAGCAUUCAAUUUAGUAGUUAGCACUGAAGCAAGUAUAAUAGCUAAUACAGCUUAGCUACCUCUCACCCACACAAAUACCCACGCCAAAAUCCUCUCUAAUAAAUUCCUUCGACUGUUCAGAGAAGGUCCACUUAUAGCUCCAGCCAUACCUGCAAGCUACCGCUCACUAGGCAGCAACCAGUAUCUGAUAACCUCAGCAAAAUCCCAUUCUUCAACGACUACUAAACAUAUCAGCUCUUAGAGCUUCAGGAAGACAAAGAAAGAAAGACAGCUUUCAAAGAGAGUUGAGUCUUCUUAUCAUGAGAUCCUCAGCCGGAGUACCCUUGCUUCUCUUUCUCUUGUUUCUUCCUCAUUGCAUCACCUUUCUUCCUCAUUUCAUCACCUCGGCCGCAGCCGGCAUCAAUGGGGAAGCUGCAUUUGAUAGAAUAAACGAAUUACCUGGUCAGCCUCCGGUGAACUUCGAGCAGUUCUCCGGCUAUGUGGUGGUGAAUGAGAAGCAUGGAAGGGCUCUCUUCUAUUGGCUAACUGAGGCAACCAUUAAUGCUCAUGGGAAGCCCCUGGUUCUUUGGCUCAAUGGAGGGCCUGGUUGCUCUUCAGUGGCCUAUGGGGCUUCUGAAGAAAUUGGACCGUUUCGGAUCAACCAAACCGGUUCAGGACUAUACCUCAAUAAGUACUCAUGGAAUAGAGAGGCAAAUAUAUUAUUUCUUGAAUCGCCAGUCGGAGUGGGCUUCUCCUACACAAAUACGAGCUCCGAUCUGAAGAAAUCUGGCGAUGAGCGAACAGCUGAGGACUCGCUAAUUUUCUUGAUCCGGUGGAUGGAAAGGUUUCCACAAUACAAGCACAGGGAACUCUACAUUGCUGGUGAAAGCUAUGCUGGGCAUUAUGUUCCUCAGCUGGCAAAAAAAAUUAAUGACUACAACAAAGCUUCUUCAAAGCCCUUCAUCAACCUUCAAGGAUUUAUCGUUGGAAACGCUGUCACAGACAACAACUACGACAGUCUCGGCACCGUCACCUACUGGUGGACCCACUCCAUGAUCUCCGACCGAACCUACCGCUCCAUUCUCUCCUCCUGCAAUUUCUCCUCCCCUUCCACUUCCCCUCGAUGCGACCGCGCCGUCUCUUACGCCAUGAACCACGAGUUCGGCGAUAUUGACCAGUACAGCAUUUACACCCCUUCUUGCCCAGCCGCCUCCGCCACCUCGCCUGCAAAUGCCUCAUCCUCCGCCCGCAGGAGGAAGCCGACGAGGCUGGGGAGAACUGGAUUGUUAUUUCUUGGUGAUGGCCGGCAGCGGCGGCGGAGAGGGUAUGAUCCUUGCACGGAGAUGUAUGCUGAGAGGUAUUAUAAUAGGCGGGAUGUGCAGGAGGCCAUGCACGCUAACAUUACAGGAAUAGCUUACAAGUGGACUGCUUGCAGUGAUGUGCUGAUCAAGACUUGGACAGAUUCGCAGUUCUCUAUGCUACCGACUUACAAGGAGUUGAUUGCUGCAGGCCUUCGGAUUUGGAUCUUCAGUGGAGAUACAGAUUCAGUAGUCCCAGUUACAGCAACAAGGUUCUCUAUCAACCACUUAAAUUUAACGGUUCAAAUUCCAUGGUACCCAUGGUAUACUGGUAGACAGGUUGGGGGUUGGACAGAGGUUUAUGAGGGACUAACAUUUGCUACAGUUCGAGGAGCAGGGCAUGAGGUUCCAAUGUUCAAGCCCAGGCGAGCAUUCCAGCUUUUCAAGUCAUUUCUGGCAGGAAAACCAUUACCAAAAUCUUGAUUUUUAUUGAUUACUUUAAUAAUUAGAUGUAUUAAUCAUCAGAAUUAAGCCUGGUAGAUGAAUCAAACAGCAGGAAUUAUAAUUUGAUUAAUUGUUGAGCGACCAAACUGAUCUUACAGUCUUAGUUAGCAUUUUAUUGAAUGAUUUGUUGAGGAAAAGAAUCAAAAGAAAAGAAAAUUCAAGCAAA